GUGUGGCUUGUGGGGUGGAAGAACUGUGAAACCAAUGGGGGAAAGAAGCCAGGCGCCAUGUGGAGGUUUCACUGCUGCCUGCCUCUCUGUGAGGUUCCCAAUGAUCUGCCCUGCCUCUCAGAAGAUGCACUAUUACAGAUACUCGAAUGCUGAGGUUAGCUGCUGGUACAAGUACCUCCUGUUCAGCUACAACAUCGUCUUUUGGAUAUUACCUGUGGCAAUUUCUGACUUGGGGCUGUGAUUUCCCAUGGACCUGGAAUACCUGCCUUGGUUGGCUGGAGUUGUCUUCCUUGGAGUUGGGCUGUGGGCAUGGAGCGAAAAGGGUGUGCUGUCUGACCUCACCAAAGUGACCCGGCUGCAUGGCAUUGACCCGGUGGUGCUGGUCCUGAUGGUGGGCGUGGUGAUGUUCACAUUGGGCUUCGCUGGCUGCGUGGGGGCCUUGCGGGAGAACAUCUGCCUGCUCAAGUUUUUCUGCGGUGCCAUCGUGCUCAUCUUCUUCCUGGAACUGGCUGGUGCUGUCCUGGCCUUCCUGUUCCAGGACUGGGUGAGGGAUCGAUUCCGGGAGUUCUUCGAGAGCAACAUCAGGUCCUAUCGGGAUGACAUUGACUUGCAGAACCUCAUUGACUCUCUGCAGAAAGCCAACCAUUGCUGCGGGGCGUAUGGCCCUGAAGACUGGGACCUCAAUGUCUACUUCAACUGCAGUGGUGCCAGCUACAGCCGUGAGAAGUGUGGGGUGCCCUUCUCCUGCUGCGUGCCAGAUCCCGCGCAAAAAGUUGUGAACACACAGUGUGGAUAUGAUGUCAGGAUUCAGCUAAAGAGCAAGUGGGAUGAGUUCAUCUUCACAAAGGGCUGCAUCCCGGCCCUGGAGGGCUGGCUGCCGAGGAACAUCUACAUCGUGGCCGGUGUCUUCCUUGCCAUCUCACUCUUGCAGAUUUUUGGCAUCUUCCUGGCGAGGACCCUGAUCUCAGACAUUGAGGCAGUAAAGGCGGGUCACCAUUUCUGAGGAGCCGAGCCACGUUGUGGAACCCGAGCCUUCACCACCACCAACCUGCACCUCGAAGGAGAGGAGCUGAAGCUGACAGCCAUCCAGAGUCAGCGCCGUCUUCAGCAUCAGCGCAAUAUGACCUCUCUGUUUCUGCUUGCUGGUGCUGAAGACCAGGGCCCCCUCUUACAUGCCUGGACUCGAGACCGCAUCCCUGGGGCCCACCUGAUGGAAAAUGUGUCUUCCCAUGUGGUGGUGACUCUGAGGGACAGACAGGACCCCCGUGGCUGUAAAGAAGGCUUCACUCAGCCCUCCUCGAGCCUGAGGGUAUCUGCAGGCCCUUGCCUUUCACUGUAGCCUGCCUGGCCCCAUGGGCAGCCACAUCUUCCAAGGGCAAGCGGGGGACCGGGGACAGCAAGUGAGGACAAGGUUGGUUCUCUCCAUCAGGUCAAGCAACACAGGGCCUUCUCUGUUCGGGGAUGGGGGUGUCUGGGUGGUAACCCCAGUACCUCAGCCACAUCAACACGAAGCGAGCCUGAGCCAGUGCGUGACUGGUGCCCCAGCCAACAGCCCUCUGCCAGGGUGGGCGAGAUGGGCCUCCGGUCUCUACAGCAUUAAGUGAGCCUCAGGGGGGCCAGGGAGGGUGGGGUGGGGCCCGGAUCUUUGCUGAGAGCCGGCUCUCCUGUCUUUAUGUGUACAUAGUUUAUUUAUAGUGGUAAAAGUGUCCUCACAGCAGGCCUUCGUUUCCUCUUCCUUUCCUCGGGCAUUCUCCUCUCAGCAGCCUUACAUGGUGUCCCUGGAGUGUCUCAGAACCACCAUGACAGCCUCUCCUGUCCAUUCCUGUCACCUUCCUCCAUGACCCACCCCCACCCCCCGACUCCCUGAUUGGCCUCACUGUCUCCUGGUUUUGGUGCUACUGAAACUGUUACCCAGAACUUGAAUCCUUACCCUCCCUCCCCGUAGUGCCCCAGGGAGCCCCAGCCCCAGGAGGCCAACAGAAACCUUCACUGGGACUCCUGUCACAGCCACACACUGACACCUGAUGUGUGCUUCUGGGAGAGCGAUGCUGCCUUAGGGCCAGGCCACAGUUGCUGAGAAGCUCAAGGCAUUUUGUUCCUAAAUGUCAUGGUGACUCCCUGCUGGCAUAUCUGUGGUCUUGGUGUCCGCCCUGCCUGUGUGGGCCACCUGGGGCUCACUGUUGGACGCGAAGUCUGCCUCUGUACCGAGUGCCCUGGUGAUGGCCCAGUGCUCUCCUCCUUGGCCAGGUUCCUCCAUUGCUUUCCCAGCCUUGCCCUUCUGGGCCAGGGGUCGAGUGCUGCCUCCAGUCACUUGCUGAAGUGUACAUGCUCAUGUGGUGAUACUGGUGACACUGGUGGGUUGAUGAUGAUGAUGAUAAAAUUUUUGGUUUUUGUUUUGGUUUUUUUUUUUUUUUACAAUUCUCUGUAGACUAGAGGAAGAAUGCUUGUGUUUUUAGGAAGUGUGAUCCUUCUCUUUGACUGCCAAACUCUUUUAUGGAAUAUAUCUUUAUAUUAAU